GGCUCAUUUGGAGGCCAGUGCUGAGAAAUGGAACAGAUUGCUGACGUCUUUAGAAGAACUGAUCAAAUGGCUGAAUAUGAAAGAUGAAGAGCUUAAGAAACAAAUGCCUAUUGGCGGGGAUGUCCCAGCCUUACAACUCCAAUAUGAUCAUUGCAAAGCACUGAGACGUGAGUUGAAGGAGAAAGAGUAUUCUGUCCUGAACGCUAUAGACCAAGCUCGCGUUUUCCUGGCUGAUCAGCCAAUUGAGGCCCCUGAAGAACCAAGAAGAAACCUACAAUCAAAAACAGAAUUGACUCCUGAGGAGAAAGCCCAAAAGAUUGCCAAAGCCAUGCGCAAGCAGUCUUCUGAAGUCAAAGAGAAGUGGGAAAGUCUAAAUGCUAUUACUAGCAAUUGGCAAAAGCAAGUGGACAAGGCAUUGGAAAAGCUCAGAGACCUCCAGGGAGCGAUGGAUGACUUGGAUGCUGAUCUCAAGGAGGCGGAGGCCGUGCGGAAUGGCUGGAAGCCUGUAGGAGACUUGCUCAUCGACUCACUUCAGGACCACAUUGAGAAAACCAUGGCAUUUAGAGAAGAAAUUGCACCAAUCAACUUAAAGGUUAAAACAAUGAAUGAUUUAUCCAGUCAACUGUCUCCUCUUGACUUACACCCGUCUCUAAAGAUGUCUCGCCAGCUCGAUGACCUUAAUAUGCGAUGGAAACUUUUGCAGGUUUCCGUAGAUGAUCGCCUUAAACAGCUUCAGGAGGCCCAUAGAGAUUUUGGGCCAUCCUCUCAGCAUUUUCUCUCUACUUCAGUCCAGCUGCCAUGGCAAAGAUCCAUUUCACAUAAUAAAGUGCCCUAUUACAUCAAUCAUCAAACACAGACAACCUGUUGGGAUCAUCCUAAAAUGACCGAACUCUUUCAAUCCCUUGCUGACCUGAAUAACGUACGUUUCUCUGCCUACCGUACAGCCAUCAAAAUCCGAAGACUCCAAAAAGCACUAUGUUUGGAUCUCUUAGAGUUGAAUACAACAAACGAAGUUUUCGAGCAGCACAAACUGAACCAAAAUGAUCAGCUUCUUAGUGUUCCAGAUGUCAUCAACUGUCUGACAACAACUUAUGAUGGCCUCGAACAAAUGCAUAAGAAUUUGGUCAACGUUCCUCUCUGUGUGGAUAUGUGUCUCAACUGGCUACUCAAUGUAUAUGAUACGGGCCGGACUGGAAAAAUAAGAGUGCAGAGUCUGAAGAUUGGAUUGAUUGCUCUCUCCAAAGGCCUGUUAGAAGAAAAAUAUAGAUAUCUCUUUAAGGAAGUGGCGGGGCCCACGGAAAUGUGUGACCAGAGACAGCUCGGCCUGUUACUGCACGAUGCGAUCCAGAUUCCUCGGCAGCUGGGGGAGGUAGCAGCUUUCGGGGGCAGUAAUAUUGAGCCCAGUGUUCGCAGCUGCUUCCAACAGAAUAACAACAAGCCAGAGAUAAGUGUGAAAGAGUUUAUAGAUUGGAUGCGUCUGGAGCCACAGUCCAUGGUUUGGCUGCCGGUUCUACAUCGCGUGGCAGCAGCUGAGACUGCAAAGCAUCAGGCCAAAUGCAACAUCUGUAAAGAAUGUCCAAUUGUUGGAUUCAGGUAUAGAAGCUUGAAGCAUUUUAACUAUGAUGUUUGCCAGAGUUGCUUUUUUUCGGGUCGAACAGCAAAAGGUCACAAAUUGCAUUAUCCAAUGGUGGAAUAUUGUAUACCUACAACAUCUGGGGAAGAUGUACGGGACUUCACAAAGGUGCUGAAGAAUAAGUUCAGAUCGAAGAAAUACUUUGCCAAACAUCCUCGGCUUGGCUACCUGCCUGUCCAGACAGUUCUUGAAGGUGACAACUUAGAGACGUAA